CGCACGCGUUCCCCGUCGGCACCCUCCAAUGUGAACAUACCAUCAACAUCAACAUGGUCGACACCACCGCCACAAACGGGCACGAUGCCCUCGACGAGAAGCUGGGCCGGUUGACCAGAAAGCCCGGCGUUAAGGCGAGCAUCGUCCUGGACCGCGCCAGCGGCGCCGUGCUCAAAACCAGCGGCGACGUGUCGGCCUUGAGGACGGCCAAGUCCCGCGACGCCGCGACGGCCGCGUCGUUCUCCAACGAGGCUCCUCUGGCGGAGGCGAGUGAGGCCAAGGGCAUCGAGGACUUUGCUGCCAUGAUAUGGACUUUUGUCCACAGCUCCGGGCAGCUGGUGCAGGAAGCGGACACAGAUGACGAGCUCAGGUUGCUGCGACUACGAACCAAGAAGCAGGAGAUUGUCAUUGUCCCCGACACGAAAUACCUCCUCACUGUUGUCCACGAUACACCCCCUGCGUGAAAUGGCUAAUGAAUACAAUUACGACGUCCUUGAUACCCGGUAAAACCGAUCGAGACGGCCGAGCGCACUGUGGCCUAGACGGCGUGUGAGAUGCCGUGGCGUGGCUGAGUCGUGAUAUCCAAGUUUCCGGACAGACACAGACUCCAUAUGCUCUGUUGCGCCGAAGCACUACAGGCCUGCUCGGAGGAUCAUAUGGCAUUGAUUGCUGUCACUGUAACGCUCUAGAUGCUGCUCAAAGGGCCGUGGCACGAGAAACGAUGACAAUCUCCAGAAAUGGCGGGAGGAUACAAAGAGCGAGGGCCAUGCGAGUAUUUCUCAUCGUAACCCGCACGCGGCCCAGGACACAAGGCAAAUGGAGAAUGCGCUUGGAGAUAUAACCGAUAGCCUGAAAAUCACCUUAUCUCAUUCCAGC